AUGUCCUCCUCUGGCGCCGGUCAGAAUGACCCUUCAGCGUUGAAGAAAGCGUUCCCUCAUAUCGACUUGGAUGGUCACAAUCUACCUCCGUCCCCAGCGCCGUCGAGUCCCAAUGCCGGGCGCCGAUAUGCCCUUGCCACCGAAUUGGUAUAUACUGAGGGAGGCGAUCAGUACAAUGCGAGCAGUGUGCCUAUCUAUCAGAGCGCCACUUUCAAGCAGUCAUCUGGCUCUGGCGGUGGAGAGUAUGACUACACACGCUCCGGCAACCCGACCCGGACACACCUCGAAAGACACCUCGCGAAAAUCAUGUCCGCCAAACGAGCUCUAGUGGUUUCUUCGGGAAUGGCUGCUCUCGACGUCAUCACGCGGCUCCUGCGCCCCGGCGACGAAGUCGUUACCGGAGACGAUCUCUACGGCGGCACAAACCGACUUUUAACCUACCUCCGAACGAACGGUGGAAUUAUCGUUCAUCAUGUCGAUACCACUGAACCGGAGAAGGUCAGGGAGGUGGUCAAUCCGAAAACAGCCAUGGUUUUGCUCGAAACUCCGACAAACCCGUUGAUUAAGGUGGUUGAUAUCCCUAAAAUCGCCGCCAUUGCCCACGAAGCUAGCCCCAACUGUCUGGUUGCAGUCGACAAUACGAUGAUGUCUCCUUUACUUCUCAACCCUCUUGAUCUGGGCGCUGAUAUUGUUUACGAGAGUGGCACCAAGUAUCUGUCCGGUCACCACGAUUUAAUGGCUGGUGUUAUUGCUGUCAAUGACGCCAACUUGGGCGAUCGUUUAUACUUCCCGAUCAACGCUUCCGGCUGCGGUCUCUCGCCCUUUGAUUCAUGGCUGUUGAUGCGCGGUGUCAAGACAUUAAAAGUCCGCAUGGACCAGCAACAGUCCAACGCACAGCGCAUCGCUGAAUUUCUCGAAGCGCAUGGCUUUAAAGUACGAUAUCCUGGUCUCCGGUCUCAUCCGCAGUAUGAGCUGCAUCACUCUAUGGCUCGCGGCUCCGGUGCCGUUCUGUCCUUUGAGACUGGCGACGUCGCUCUCAGUGAGAGGAUUGUCGAGAGCGCCAAGCUCUGGGCUAUCAGUGUCAGCUUCGGCUGCGUUAAUAGUUUGAUUAGCAUGCCUUGCCGCAUGAGCCAUGCCAGUAUUGACGCGAAGACGCGUCAGGAGCGAGCCAUGCCGGAGGAUAUCAUCCGGUUGUGUGUGGGUAUAGAAGAUGCAGACGAUUUGAUUGAUGAUUUGCGACGAGCUCUCGUGCAAGCCGGUGCAGUGAACGUCUCACUAGACGACUUCCAGGCAGUCAACACAGCGAAUUAG